CGCAAUGAGGCAUCAGACGCCGACCACACUGUGAUCCACAAAUCAGAAAGAUUUAGUAGCUGUGAUCUCGGCGCACUAAUGCGAGUAUCGUCGCGCGUUGACGUGCGUCUCCAGGCGGUGUGCUUGAAAAACAGGACGCGAUGCGACGCGACGCAACGCUUCGACUCUGCGCCAGUGUGAGUUGAGCCUAAGCUCAACGUUUUACGCAUCCAAACAUUUUCUUUACCGCGUAAAUACGGGAGUAUUCAGGUUAUGUCGGAACACAAUUCAAAUUCUAACCAAUCCGUCCCGGAAAAUAACAAAGAGAAGGAUCCAAAGCGUCCAAAGUUGAAGAUUCUCGCAUUUCACGGGUACCGACAGAAUGGCGCAGUGUUUCGGUCGAAGAUAGGGUCGUUCCGCAAAGCUGUGUCGAAGUACGCGCAGAUAACUUUUUUUUCUGCUCCUCAUAGGGUUUAUAAUGAAGACGGAGGGGGAGAAGAAGAUGGCCGAUCUUGGUGGUUCAAUGCAGAAGACAAUACCUUCAGUGGGAAGUGCCUCGGAGGGCCAGCUCUCGGGUUCGAGGAUACUCUCAAGCUGAUUGAAAAGACGGUUGCCGAUUAUGGACCUUUUGAUGGAUUUAUGGGAUUUUCACAGGGUGCUUGUUUGGUUGGAUUGUUAGCAGCUAUGCAGCAGAAAGGAUAUCUACCAUACACAUUCAAGUUUGCAAUCUUUGCGUCGGGCUUCAGAUCAGGCAGUCUUGUUCACAAAGGAUUCUAUGACGAAGACGUUAACUUGCCAUCACUACAUGUCUAUGGAGAAAGUGAUUCAAUUAUACCCAAAGAAAUGAGUGAAUCCCUCAUCAAUUUAUUUAUAAACCCAGUAGUGGCUGAACAUUCUGGAGGCCAUUACGUAGCCUGUUCAGGAUCCAUCAAAGAUGCCUACUUGGACUUUUUACACGAUAGAUACGAAGAUGUCUUAGAAGAUAAGGAUAUAGAAAAUUCUCCUGAUAAGAGUUCUUAACAUAUAAUUUUACGAUUGUAUGAAAAAUUAUAUGUGAUGCGUGUAAGAGAUUGUGUGUUAAUAAAAU